AUGCUUCGACUCAUCAUGGAGUCCGCCAAGAUUGACCCCCCCCAAAGUCCCGUGCCCUGUCUUUGCGUGACGAUCUAUUUCAGAGAUAUCAAGAAGAGAACCCAUGUGGUGAAAGGAAACAACCCCACAUGGAAUGAGACCCUAAUCUGGCACCUCUGGACCGGUCCCCUAGAAAAUGACUCCUUCUUUCAAAUUAUCCUUCGGGACAAGGGCUCAACAAAGAAAGAAAGGUUCAUUGGCAUAGCCACAGUGCUGCUCAAGCCCUUGGUGGAACAACCGAAUGAGGUCCUUUAUGUGAAGGACUUACCCCUGCUCAACCAUUCUAUGGCGCCUACAGAUUGCACUGUCACUCUACAGGUAGCUCUUGUGACCACCCCUGCUAUUAAGACAGAGGAUGAAGACCUACUUGGCACAACGGCUAGAGAAGUGGAAAAGCAAAGACUGAUGGUUCCCAGUUGCACCACACCAAGGGCUCUGAGCUCCAAGCCUCAGGACUUUCAGGUUCGAGUGAAGGUGUUUGAAGCCCGCCAGCUCAUGGGCAACAACAUCCGGCCACUGGUGAAGGUGACCAUUGGAAGCCAGGUUCACCACACAAGGAUCAAGAUAGGAAACAACCCUUUCUUCAAUGAGACUUUCUUCCAGAAUUUUCAUGAACUCCCUGCAAAGUUCUUCGAACAGACCAUCUUAAUUCAGACAGAUAUUGGGUUUAUCUACCAUUCUCCAGGUCACACACUCCUAAGGGAGUGGUUAGGCCUCUACCAGCCAGAGAAUCCCACGAGUGGCGUGAGGGGCUACCUGAAAAUCACCAUCUGUGCCCUUGGCGUGGGAGACCAUGCUGUGUUAGAUCUAAUGCUGCCUUAUGGGACUUAUGACACCAGUCUGAAGCUCUUCAAGUCUGCGGCUGCUCCAGUCAACAUGGCUCAAUUACAGUUCUUCAUCUACUGUGCAGAAGACCUUCAUUUUGAGAAAAACCAGCCAGGGAAUCCUAUGUUGGAGGUGGAAUUAAGUGGGAAGAAGCUCAAGACAGACGUGCAGAACCAAACCGAGAACCCAAUCUGGAACCAGAUCCUGACCUUCCCCAUACAGCUGCCCUGCCUCUCCAGCUACAUCAAGUUGAGAGUCUUGGACUGGACCCAGAAGGAUUGCCAGGAAGAGAUUGGGACUGCCAGCCUGUCCCUCAACCAGAUCUCGUCCACUGGUGCAGAGAUGGAAGGCAAGCAGAAUCCCCAGCCCCUGUCCCAUGUUCCAGGAGUGUACUCUGGCUUCUUACCCUGCUUCGGCCCCAGUUUCCUGACUCUCCAUGGGGGUAAAAAGGCCCCUUUCAGGAUCCAGGAAGAAGGCACUUUGGGUCUUGACUCUGUUAACGAUGGUUUAGCUUACCGAGGCCGAGUCUUCCUGGAGCUAAUCACCCACAUAAAAUCCCAUCAAGACUUUAAGAUAAAGGAUCUCUCACAUGAAGUGACCAGGAUAGAGAAACAACAGAGCCGUGAAAAGUAUGGGCUGAGUGUCAUCUUCCUCUCCUGUACUAUGAUGCCCAACUUUAAGGACCUGAUCCAAUUCGAAGUCAGCAUUGGCCCCUAUGGAAACAAGAUGAACCUGAAUUACAAGCCUCUAGUCUCAACUACACAGUACAGCCCAGUGAUAUAUGAUGGGAACAUCUACCAUUAUGUGCCCUGGUACAAUACCAAACCUGUGGUGGCUGUGACCUCAUACUGGGAAGACGUCAGUUUCCGCAUGAACUGCCUCAACCUCCUCCAUGUCACUGGAAACCGCCUGAAAGCCAAUCUGGACACCCUGAAGUCCAUGCGGAAUCCCAAGGACCCAGCCCUGCUCCUCCAGUGGGAGAAACUGCGGAAGGAGCUGGUGGAGGACUGCGAGCGCCCUCUGCCCUGCCUGACUGAUCAGUCCAAAGCCACAGAAUUGGACAAGAAGAGAUGGAUGCUCCGCAGCCUUCUUCUGCAGGAACUGGCCAAACAGGCCAAGGAAGCCAAGCCCAAGGACAUGGUGGCCACAGUGGAGGGCUGGCUGUACCGUCUCAACUCUGUGCUCCCUGAGCCCCAGGUGAGCCUCCCAGAUGUGAUGAUCUGGCUGGUGGCCAAGGACCAGCGAGUGGCCUAUGCACAGGUGCCCGCCCACACUAUCCUCUUCUCCCAGGCCGGGCCCCUGCAGUCCGGCAGGUUCUGUGGGAAGACACAGACACUCCUCCUACAGUACCCAGAGGGUGAAGGACAGAAGGACAUACUCCCAGCCCACCUCCGGGUCUGCAUGUGGCUUGGCAACGUGGAAGAUAGUAAAGAUCUUGUGCUGCUCCGCCAUGGCAGUAUGGUCGUGUACACAGAGACGUAUGAGAACCAGGCCAAGUACAAAGACCAGUGGGGGCUACAGGGGCUCCACCGCUGCCCCAACUUCUCAGACGUCACAGGACGCACGGCCCUCCCCAAGGAGGAUUUUAAGGUGCCUCCAGGAUGGCACUGGCAGGGGAAGUGGAUAGUGGAGCCUCAGAGGAGACUCCUCCUGGACAUAGACAUCAACAAGAGUCAAGUGCUGGAGGAGGUGUAUGAGAACCAGGCACGUGAUAUCACAGGAGCCUGGGUACCGGCACCCAUCCCAAACACAGAUGUGGAUGGAAACUCCAUGGAUCCGCGGGAGAAUAUGAAGUGUCCCCGAGGCUGGUACAUUCAGAAGAACUGGGCUGUGGAGCUGAACCAUGCAGUGGACAAUGAGGGCUGGGAGUACGGAGUGGGGCUUCCGCCCUUAGGCCUGCCACAGGCCUGGAACUCUGUGGAGAAGACCUACUACUCGGUGCGGCGGCGGCGCUGGGUGCGCAUGCGCUACCGGAGCCCCCAGAAGUUGACCCAUGAGCAGGAGACCCUUUCCUUCCUGCAACUGGAGGAUGAGGGCUGGGAGUAUGGCACCUUCGGCUCCAAGUUCCAUCUGAACCCUCAGCCCACCAGCCAGUUCCGCCGACGCUGCUGGCACCGCAGGCUGGCCCCCAACAAAGAUAGGGGCAUUGCACCCAUAUUUCUUCUUGAGGGAUCCCUGGUAAAGCCUCCCUUGGGUGGAGCCUGUGAGAGGAAGGGGUUGAUCUGGGCCUGGGUUGGAGGAGAUAGGAAAAGCACCCAAGAGCCUCAGAGGUGACCCUCUUAGGCACUGAGCAUGAAUCAGACUCAACAAGCUAAGGAAAAGGAAAAGGCAGAGGAGACCAGAACAUCCUUAUGGGGAAUGAGCCAAAUGUUCUCCAACAUCUGGAGACCAACCCCAGAGAAUACCCAACCACCGGACAUGCCCUUCAUCUACUGCAUCUUCAACAAGCCUAACUACUACCAGCUCUUCUGCUACAUCUACCAGGCCCGAAACCUGGGGCACAACCAGAUCCAGACAUUCCAGGAGCCUUUCAUUCGAGCGAUCUUCUUGAACCAUAGCCAGUGUACCCAGACCCUGAGUAGCUCUGCAGCCCCCACGUGGGCCCAGACGCUGCUCUUCAUGCACGUCCUUCUGUAUGAGAACCCCCAGGACACCAAAGACAGCCCACCGCUCAUGGUGCUGGAACUGUGGCAGCAGGACUCCCAGGGCAAAGAGAGCUUGUGGGGAAGAAGCAUGUGGUCCCCAGUGGUCUGGCUGGAUCUCCAAGACAGGACCCUGCCCCCCAUGAGGUGGCAUCCCCUUGUGAAAGGGACAGGGGAGGAAGAGGGCGAGAUCUUGGCAUCCUGCGAGCUGAUCCUCGAGACCCAGAGUGUUAGAGAGAAGAAGCCACCGAUCUUAAAUGUUCCCUGGAAGGAUAAGACCUAUUUGCUCCCCAAGGACAUCCAGCCCACGCUGAAGAAGAUGGCUGUUGAGGUCCUAGUUUGGGGCCUUCGGAACUUGAAGAAUGUGCAUUCCCCCUAUCUUUUGGUGGAAUGUGGGGAACAGUCCCUGAGGACAGAACCCAUCAAGGACUUCCAGACCAACCCCAACUUCCCCCAGUCUGCCCUCUUCUUCACGCUGUUUAUGCCUACAGAGGAGGCCUACUCACUGCCCCUUGUGGUGAAGGUGGUGGACACCCAGGACUUCGGCCAGCAGACCGUGGUGGGUCAGGCCAACAUCAACUUCCUACAGCCAUAUUUCUGUGACCCCUGGGCUGACAACUACGUGCCCCCAAGAAUUCCAACGUUGUCCAGGAAGAAGCACCAGGAGCUCCUAGAUUACCUCUAUGAAAAGUUAUGGCUCAAGUACAAGAAAGACGAGGAUGACUAUGACCACGAAGUGGAUUGGUGGAGCAAGCUGUUCUGGGCCACAGGAGAGACUCAAAAAUCCUUAAAGUACAAGGACAAAGACUACCAUACCCUAAAGGUGUAUGACUGUGAGUUGGAGGCAGUGCCAGAUUUCAAAGGCCUGCAGGACUUCUGCCAGACUUUCAAACUCUACAACGAGCAGCCUGUGCUGGACAGCCCAGUGGUGGGAGAAUUCAAGGGCCUGUUCCGCAUCUAUCCAUUUCCUGAGGAUCCUAAAGCUAUCAAGCCCCCCCGCCAGUUCUUGGUUUGGUCUGAGAGAGAAGGUUUCCCUCAGGAAUGCUUGGUGCGGGUGUAUGUGGUACGAGCAUUCAGUCUGCAGCCCCAGGACUACAAUGGUCUGUGUGACCCUUAUGUGAUCCUGAAACUGGGACAGAAGCGACUUGGCAACCGAGACACAUAUCAGCCAAACACUCUGGACCCCAUCUUUGGCAUGAUGUUUGAAUUGAACUGCAACAUCCCACUGGAGAAAGACCUAGAGAUCCAGCUCUAUGACUUUGACCUGUUUUCACCUGAUGAUAAGAUUGGAUCCACGGCCAUUGACCUUGAAAACCGACUCCUGUCUGGCUUUGGAGCUCGUUGUGGUCUCUCCAAAUCCUAUUGCCAAUCGGGGCCCUUUAGGUGGCGGGAUCAGCUGCCUCCAAGUUACCUUCUGGAACGCCAUGCCAAGCUGAAAGGGCUGCCUCCACCGCUGUUCAAUACUGAGGAUGACUCUGUUUUUUACAAUGGAAAAAAAUUCAAGCUGCAAAGCUUUGAGCCCAAGCACCCUACUGCUGAGGACCUGGGAUCCAAGAAGGAACGCCUUGCACUCUACCUGCUGCACACCCAAGGGCUGGUGCCUGAGCACCUGGAGACCCGCACGCUGUACAGCGACAGCCAGCCAGGCAUCGACCAGGGAAAGUUACAAAUGUGGGUGGAUAUCUUCCCCAAGAAGCUUGGGCCUCCUGGUGCUCAAGUCAACAUCAGCCUCAGAAAGCCAAAAAGCAAAGCCUCAGAGCACAGUGGCUGCAGGUAUGAGCUGCGCUGCAUCAUCUGGCAAGUUAGCAACGUGGAUCUGCAGGACAACAAUUUUACCGGUGAUAAGACCAGCGACAUCUACAUUAAAGGGUGGUUACUUGGGCUAGAGAAGGACAUGCAGAAGACAGAUAUCCACUAUGAAUCCUUCACUGGGAAGGCCUACUUCAACUGGCGGUUCAUCUUCACCAUGGACUAUCUGGCUGCAGAACACAUGUGUGUCCAGAGCCAGAAGGAAUACAUAUGGAGCCUGGAUUCCACAUCGAUGAAGUUCCCACCCCGGCUCAUCAUCCAGGUCUGGGAUAAUGACACCUUAUCUACUGACGACUUCCUAGGGGUCUUGGAUAUGGAUUUGUCUGAUAUGCCUUUCCCUGCCCGGAGGGCCUGGAACUGCUCCAUCAAGAUGAUGGACACAGAGUCCAAGUGGCCCCAUUUCCAACAACACAAGCACAUCUCCCUCUUUAAGAAGAAGAUUGUAACUGGCUGGUGGCCUUGCCAGGUCCUCAAGAAUGGAAACUGGAGCUUGUCGGGUAAAGUGAACAUGACUUUGGAGAUACUGACAGAGAAUGAAGCCUUGCUCAAGCCAGCCGGGCGGGGCCAGUCAGAACCUAAUCAAUACCCUACACUGCAACCCCCCAUACGCAUCCACACUACCCUCAGAUUGCUGCGGUUUCCUCUGCAAAACCUGUGCCAAUACAUCUGGAAAUACAACCGCUACAGAAUCCUUACUGUCUUUGCCAUACUGAUGCUACUGUUAAUGCUGUUCAACUUUAUCUACUCUACUCCGAACUAUCUGGCCUUGAGCUUGGUUAAACCUAGCAUCCGGGUAGUUAGUCACAAUUAA